AUGCCAUCAUAUAGUGAUCUCUUUGCUUAUGAUAAUGCUGAUGAUAUAUUACCUCCCCUUGAUACGCUUAGCGAAGCGAUGUAUAAUCAAACGAAAAUAGGUUAUGCUUACAGUAAUACUGGAAUGGUCAGCAACGAUAAUGAUGAUAGUAAUGUAUUGUCGGGGCCCAUACCAAGAGAGAAUAGCUCUGGAAAUGCUUUAUAUGGUCAAGAAAAGGAUGAAGGAACUCAAGCUGGGCCGUUUGCUGAUUGGAAAUUAAUGAGAGUCAUGGCAGGAGCCCAUCAAGGAUGGGUUAGGUGUGUUUCUGUAGAUCCAGUUACAAACAAAUGGUUUGCUACAGGGUCAUCCGAUUCUACUAUAAAGAUUUGGGAUUUAGCGUCUCUGACACUUAAGGCUCAGAUAACAGGGCAUAUCAUGGGAAUCAGGUCAUUAGCCAUUUCAACGAAAUUUCCAUAUCUAUUCUCUGGCUCAGAAGACAAGACUGUUAGAUGUUGGGACUUGGAAAGAACAAACUCUUCUGCUGGCUGCCAAUUACGGGAAUAUCAUGGACAUGUUGGGGGGAUAUAUGCCAUGGCUCUUCAUCCUGAAUUAGAUUUAUUAUUCACUGGUGGCCGUGAUCAAGUGAUAAGAGUAUGGGACAUACGAACGAGAACAGAAGUCAUGGUACUAACUGGCCAUAGAAGUGAUAUAAGCUCAAUAAUUAGCCAAAUUGGUGAUCCUCAAGUUAUAUCAAGCUCUAUGGAUUCUACAAUUAGGUUAUGGGACUUGAGGAAACAAGAAACUGCAUUAACAUUAACUCAUCAUUCCAAAAGCAUUAGACUGUUGGUAGAACACCCGACAGAAAUGACAAUGUGCUCAGGAGAUUCCUCAGGUAAUAUUAAAGAAUGGUUAUUACCAGGUGGCCAGUUACUAAAUACCUAUGGAGAAGAAGACGGAAGCAAUAUAAUUAACACUCUUGCUAUCAAUCCUUCGAAUAAUACACUCUUCUCAGGAUUUGAUGAUGGCCGAAUGAAAUUUUACGACUACGUAAGUGGAGACCUAAAGCAAUCAACUAAAUCAAUACCUGUUCCUGGCUCGUCGGAAUCUUCAAUCUAUGCUUCUUCAUUUGAUAUGCUGGGAAUGCGUCUAAUACUUUGUGAAGAGGAUAAAAGUAUAAAAAUCUGGGGUGAAAGCUAA